GAGGCAGAGGAAAAUCGGUAACGUGAGGGACCAGCAGAGAAGGAACAUGCAAAAAAACUCAUUUUUAAUUUUGCCCCAACCUUCUCUGCUCAACACUUCCUCUGCAGUGCCGUUGGCCCACACACUUUGUCAACAACAAUGUUCCUUUAAACUACGGAGAUCUCAGACUGCUGGGGUGACGCCCUAGUGCCAAAUAACUUUUCUCACAAAAACAUCUCCCUGUCUCCUCUCUCCGUCAGCCUGUACUGCAGCCAAACCCCACCUCCUGCAGCUCCGGGCAGCACCAGGAAGUCAGGCAGAGAGGAGUUUGAACUGGAACAGCCUCACGCGAUCCUCUCGGCUCCCUGCCUUCCCUUACCGAUUGGUACCAAGCGGUACAAUGGCAGAGCCCAGCACCUCCACAGCGCAGACCUGUCUCGCCUGCACAGUGUGUCUGGAGACUCUGAAGGAUCCAGUGACUCUUCCCUGUGGACACCAUUUUUGCAUGGGAUGUAUUAAGAGCUGCUGGGACCGGGAUAAUCCCGAUUGUGUCUACAAAUGCCCCCAGUGCAGAAAGGAUUUCCCCAAAAGGCCUAUUCUGCACAGAAAUACAGUUCUGGCUGCAGCAGUAGAUAAACUAAGAAGUGGGAUGAAACGCCCUUAUCCCAGCGAGAGCACUGCUGGCCCUGGAGAUGUGCUGUGUGACGUCUGCACUGGGAGCCAGGUGAGAGCUGUGAAGUCCUGUCUGGUGUGUCUGGCCUCUUACUGUCAGACUCACCUCCAGCCUCACUGUGAAGCUGCUCCACUGAAGAGACACCAGCUGGUCGAGGCCACAGGACAGCUGCAGGAGAAGAUCUGCUCCAGUCAUGACAAACCCCUGGAGGUCUAUUGCCAUACUGAUCAGAGGUGUAUCUGCAUGUUGUGCACGAUGGAUGAACACAGAGGCCAUGAUACUGUCUCAGCUGCAGCAGGAAGGACUGAGAAACAGGAGCAGCUGGGGGCGACACAGAGACAAACCCAGCAGAGACUCCAGGAGAGAGAGGAGGAGCUGCAGGAGCUGAGACAGGCUGUGGACUCACUCAGAAGCUCUGCUCACACUGCAGUACAGGACACUGACAGGAUCUUCACUGAGCUGAUCCGCUCCAUUGAGAGAACACGCUCUGAGCUCACACAGCUGAUCAGAGCUCAAGAGAGGGCUGCAGUGAGUCAGGCUGAAGGACUCCUGGCGCGACUGGAGCAGGAGAUCGCUGAGCUGAGGAGGAGAGACGCUGAGCUGAGCCAGCUCUCACACACAGAGGAUCACAUCCAUUUCCUCCAGAAUUUCCAGUCUGUCUGUGUCCUUCCUGGAGCUGGAGACUCACCCAGCAUCCCUGUCAGACCCCACUUCUCUCCUGAGGCUGUGAGGAGAGCUGUCUCUGGACUGAAAGAGCGACUGGAGAACUUCUGCAGGGAGGAGUCAGUCAAGAUCUCCAGGACAGUGAGUGACGUCUACAGUCUGCAGACUCCAGAGCCCAGGACCAGAGCAGAGCUCUUACACUAUGCCUGUCGGCUCACACUGGACCCCAACACAGCGCACAGACACCUGUGUCUGUCUGAGGGGAACAGGAGGGUGAUGAGGAAGACACAGCAGUGCUCGCACCCCCCUCACCCCGAGAGAUUCGACUCCUGCCCCCAGGUGCUGUGCAGAGAGGGGCUGUCCGGCAGUCGCUGUUACUGGGAGGCGCAGUGGAGUGGGGGAAAGGCAUCGAUCGGCGUCACUUACAAAGGACUCAGCAGGAAAGGGGAGGGUGAUGACUGUCGCCUGGGACUGAACGACCAGUCCUGGAGUCUGUGCUGCUCCGGGUCCAGCUGCUCCUUCUGGCACAAUGGGGAGAAAACUGCAGUAGCUGCCCCUCCCUCCUCCAGGAUAGGGGUGUAUGUGGACCACAGGGCUGGGACUCUGUCCUUUUACAGCGUCUCUGGGGACACAGCGACCCUCCUGCACAGAGUCCAGGCCUCCUUCACGGAGCCCCUCUACCCUGGGUUCGGAGUCUGGGCGUUUGGCUCCAGUGUGGCCCUGUGCCAGCUGGACUAGCCCCUCUGUCGCCGAUCGUGGAAAUAACUGGAAUCAAAGCCCACACUGCGAAGGAGAGGCUGGAGGUGUGCCUGUAACUGCCUGGUGUGCUUUCUGUCUUUCUAAUUGGGUGAGCAGCCUGGCCGGUGACCUGCGUUAUUCUCGCCAGGCGUGAAGGUGAGCCCAGAGCCCAGCGCCACGCAGGGGACCCCGCCUCUCCGGUGUCGCAGUCGCAGGCGGGAGGGAAACCGGGGCCGAAAAUGUCCUGAAUCUAAACACCUUUUCCAUUCCCAGCAAACCCAGGAAGACGAGCCCUUUCCAGCUGGUUGUCAAGCCUCAGUCUGAGGACUGUGCUGGGUCGCGGUGAGCACCCCGCAGGCCUGUUCGCUCUCGGGGACACUGCUCACAUCGGGGUGACGGGGUGAGUGAGCCCCAGGGGGACCGACCCCCCUGGCUCUGCUCGGACCCGGCGCUGCAGGCUGGAGGGGCGCAGGACACGGGGGGAGGCUGCUGAAACCCCCAGAGAUAGCGGGGUCCCUCGGACAGACCCCCCCCGGCCGGGAGCUCAGGGGAGGGAUCAGGGGCCAGACGCGAGGUCAAAGGUCAGGAACAAGCGUCUCUGAGACAGGGGCGUCGAUGUUGAUGCGGCAGCUUGACCCGGAACGGGACGCAGUGCAGACAGGAAACACUUUCCAGUCUCAGUCUGAUUACUGUCCGAGCUGCGGGUGGGACCGGCGGACGGCUCGUCGGACGAAGAGAAGGUCUUGCAGCCCCUCCAGCCUGAACCAGGAGCGCGACGCCGCGUGGCAGAAUUCCUGCCCAUCAGCCCCUCUGACCUCUCUCUGCCCCAGCUGGGGUACUUCCUGAUUAGGGAUCCGGCACGGGCCCCCGGGCAGACAGUCCCUUUCCAGACCCCCGCAUUGUCUGAAAAUCGGUUUUCAAUGUACCGGAGUAAUAAAUGUCAAAACGAAGUAAAUGACCCUGUUGUUAAUGGUGUUAGUGUGAAUACCAUGACAGCACACAUCUGAACGGCACAGCAAACGCCAUCACACUGAGUACAGCAGACCUGCGACAGGAAGACAGCCAGAACAGUAUGGUCAAUAACACUCACUGGAGUAUUCCAUUGAAAAAAGAAAAAAACUGUCAUGUGAUUUGUAAACGACGUGAAUCAUGUUCGCAUUGUGCAUAUAAAUCGUGCCAGUACCACGUUAAAAUUACUCCGCGGACAAUCGUUAAACUAAAAGCACAGCACUGCAGUACAGGACCAUCUGUACGAAUGCCAACAGCAGGACUUUGCAUGCUGUAUGAUUCACAGGCCACGAUUCACACACUCACACACACACACAGACUGUCACAGGAACAGAAUAGCUGAGUUUUACUGCUGUCAGCUCGUUCUUCCAGUCCGACUGUCCUAUCGCUCUCGGUGGCGGGAAUGUCCUGG